UACCAUGAGAAAAAAGAGCAGAACCAUCUGUUUUAUUUAAAAGGCCCAAUUCACAGCUCAAAGAUCGCAAGUUUACUGAAUUUUGGGAACUAGCGGCGGCCAUAUUGAAUUUCAACUUUGUACUGCCAUAUACGUCGUGUUAGUCGAAAUAUAGUGGCGAGGUUAUAUUAUAUAAAGAAAACAUGGCGUACUUGGUGCGGAAUAUUCUGUUUAGAACACAGCUAACUAGGGGUUAUAAACAGUUUCUUUUUGCGGGAUCGAAGGUUAGAACUAAAAUUAAAAUACUUGUUGUUACUUAUAAAGUUAGAUUUCAAAAAUUCAUUGUUUAGUUUGUAAAUAUUAUACGUAUAUAAAUAAAUUAUAAUAAAUUAUUACAAAACACAAAUACAUUUUUUAUAUAUAGUCAUAAUGAAAAGUUGUGUUCCAUAUGUUGUGUUCAAUAUGUUGUGUUCAAUUUAUAUUAUGCUUCUUGUGUAGUGAGAUCAAAGUUCUAGAACUUUUUGUUGCUAAACUGCCAUUUUCUAAGAUGGUUACCUAUAUUAAAUCCUGACGUUUGGAAAGUGCACACCCGAGAUUUCGAAAAUUUAAUAGUGAAUAUAUAGAAAGCGUCAAAAUUGCAUGCCUGAUAUUUCAGUCACGCGAAACAAACUUUCAACACUGGGGUACCUUCGCCUAUUAAAACCCUCCAAAUAUACCACCCACUCCUCCCCCCCACCACCACCUGUGUAAAAAGAGAGAAAGUGUACCCUCAUCUCUGUAGGGCUGAUACUCUUCCAAACACCACCCAAAUUAUGUAAUGAAAUAAUGUAAUAAAAUGGUAAUUCCAUUCAACAGUAUUUCUCAAGUACCUCAAUUGAAGGGUCAGCAUCAUUGGACGCAGAUGAUGACGUUCCUCAUUUUCCUGGCUUAAAGUCAAAGUUCACGGACAAGUUAGAGUUUGUCAAUGCAGAAGAGGAAGGCCAUAUUCCUGUUUAUCGAGUAAUGAACCGUAAGGGUGAGAUCACAGAUAAAGAAAAUGAACCUACGGUAUGGUAGUUGAAUAUUGAAUGCUUUAAUUUGUUCAAGAGUUAAUAUACACCUUUCCGGAAAGUUUGUCACCUUGGCUAAUGGCUAUAGAGCCUCGUUUUAAUGAUUGAGACGUUGGGCUUUAAUUAAUUAGUGUCACAUACUCAAAAACGAGACCCUAUAUAGCCAAAGUGACAUACUAUCCAGAAGGGUUAUUCUAUAUAUCAUAGUCCAUCGAGAUAUCGGCCUUGAAACUAUGCAAAGACAAAGUUCAAAGGAUCUAUAAUGAGCAAUGAUUUUAUAAAACAACUUCACUGUGUACAAAUCUUGUGAAUUCAUAUUUCAACAGGCAGCAUGGAUGACCAUGGAUUUUAACAGAACAACAGCAAUGAUUAUGAACAUAUCAACUAUUAUAAACCAUUCCAUGAAAUUCAGUACUAAACUUAGCUAAUAGCAAUUGUAUCAUGUUAUAUUUGUUCCACAGUUGAGCAGAGAGAUCAUUGAGAAGGUCUAUAGGAAAAUGACAUUAUUAAGUACCAUGGACAGAGUUUUAUAUGAGUCACAGAGACAGGUAGGUACUCAGUUUUCUGCCAGAUGAAUUUUCUGUCUUAUGGCUGUAGAAAAUUCUAUUCCUGCUCAUUAAGGGGUCCUCAGGCAUCAAUGGGUUAACUUUCUAGGGAAGAAUCUCAUUUUACAUGACGAAUUAUGGUGAAGAGGCAGCCCACUUUGGCACAGCAACUGCCCUUGACCCAGAGGAUCUUAUAUACGGCCAGUAUCGUGAAGCUGGUGUCUUGCUAUGGCGUGGUUUCACAUUGGACGACUGUAUGAACCAAUGCUUUGCCACUGAAUUGGACAGAGGAAAGGGAAGGCAAAUGCCAGUGCAUUAUGGCUCAAAGAAACUUAAUUUUGUUACAAUAUCGUCAACUCUAGCUACACAAAUGCCGCAAGGUAUAUAAUAUUACUUUGUAUUUAUUCUAUUGUAUGCCUUUGUCAACUGGACCAAUACUAUGGAAAGUCAAGAAGUGAGAACAGGAAGCAUUAAUGCAACCAAGCAUUAGCUGAAGUUUUGUAAAAAUUAGUAACUAAUAAAGAAAACUCAUUAUUUUUAGCUCCAGGUGCAGCAUAUGCCAUAAAACGUUCAGGCAAGCCUCUUUGUGUGGCGUGUUAUUUCGGAGAGGGUGCAGCAAGUGAAGGCGAUGCACAUGCUGCAUUUAACUUCUCAGCAACCCUGGAAGUUCCAGUUUUGUUCAUAUGGUGAGAACUGCUGUUGGAAAUUUUUUGAGAAUUUUCAAUAAAUUGGUGGCCAACAAAUUCUUCUCUUGUCUAACUCUGGUCACAAACUGGCCUAGUAUCAGCUGCUCAGAUUCUCGCUAUCCUUUCCUGACCUAAAUCAUGUCCACCUUUUAAGUUUCUUUUGCUGAGCUGGCGUACCAAUCUUGACUUCAGUCUCCUCCAUUUUUUGUACCUCUUCAUCUCCACUUAUAAUGUAUCUAUACUAUCUCAAACCUUCUCACAUCUCCACAUGUUCCACUGAUGUUUUCAAUUCUGAAUGGCUUUCCUUCAUUUCGUCUUAUUACAUAUCCAUAUUAUCAUAUAGCCAUGCCAUUCUCAUCUUUGCAAUGUCUCCCACCACACAUCUUCUGAUCUCUUCAAUCUAUGGUGUUUCUGACCAGCUCUCCUUCAUCUCUUCUUAUUACGUGUCCAUGUUUUCGUCGCCUUGCUCUUCUCAUCUUGGUAAAGUCUACCACCCACAUCUUCUGAUGAGUGAUGUCUUCAUCCCAUAAUGUCUCUGACUGGCUGUCCAUCAUAUCUUCUUAUUAUGUGUCCAUACAAUUUCAUCCUUGCUUUCCAAUAUCUACGACCCGCUGAUCUACUACGACUUAUAAAGUCAUCUUUUGAUCUCAUCAUCUUUCAUAACGAAAUAGUGGUCAAUUAUUUAUUCAAAGUUUUUUUUACAGUCGAAACAAUGGUUAUGCAAUUUCAACGCCUUCGUCAGAACAAUAUCGAGGGGACGGAAUAGGUAGGCGCGGUGGAUCUUAACUAAACUAACUUCAUCUAUACUUGAUAGUUUUAUCAGUUCCAAACUGUUCUCCGGCCCUAGAGGUUCAGGAAGGACCAUCAUUAAUUGGGCGAGAGUAUAUAUGUGCAUAGAAAGCUAUCUCGCAUACGAUUGAAGUGAAAUUAUAAACAGACAACUGCGUCUUGCAGGAAUCACACCUCGGUUACGGAGAUGAAAGGCUCAUGCAUUAACCACUAUUUUUUUCGCUAGCCGGACGUGGCCGUGGUUAUGGUAUACGCUCAAUAAGGGUGGAUGGAAAUGAUCUAUUUGCCGUUCACAAUGCUACUAAGGCAGCCAGAGAAUAUGCUGUACGGGAGUCUAAACCUGCUUUGAUUGAAGCUAUGACAUACAGGUAUACCCAAUAUAAUUUAGAGUAGGAGCUUUCCGAAAGAAGUAGGUGGCUUUAAGGUGCCGAAGGUACUGCCAAUCUAGGGGUCUAACGUCGUUUCCAGUACCUGUGAAGACUCUGAAACUUAGGCAUAAUAUCGACAUAUCGUGUAAAGUUUAUGAUGUUUUAAGAGCAUGAAACCUUUCUCUUGUCAUUUCUAUGGUAGGGAGGAAAUAAAUUCAAGAAACAGCCGGCGACUUUCUACGUCAUAGGCGUCGAAAUUCGCCGGGUGCCGGCUUCUAUUGCGAACACCGCAUACUUUCGAUUUUUGAAUGUAAAAACCGAACUCUUACCAUUAUUGGUUAUUAUAGAUUUCCCAUAUGGUAAAUUAGUAAAAACCAUGAUGUUUAAUUUUACCAUUGAUAGUAUUUUUUUUCCUGUGCACAGGAAAGUACCAUUAAUGGUAAAUAUUAAUUAACAUCAUGUUUUUUACCAAUUUACCAUAUGGGAAAUCUAUAAUAUGAUGGCACGUUGGUGUUGUCUAACUGUUGGACCAAUAUGGUAAUUAAGAGUUUAGUUUGUACAUUGAUAGUGUACAUGGUAAAUCUUUAGAAAGCAUACAAAAACCCAUUAAUGGAAAUUUUAAAUUUUUUCCCUUGUUUGUCACUUACCAUUCUAACUGACUGUCUCAAUGACGCGCUGUCGAUGUCGAGUUGGGACAUCCAAAAAGUAAUUGUAGCAAGUGAUUUGACUUCAAAUCCAAUCAGUGUGUAUGAUUACGCUCCUUAUCUGCAUGACGAAAGAAAAAAUCAUUUAAUAAUGAAGACGUACAAACGACUAUCAUUUCACUUUAGAAUUGGCCAUCACAGCACAAGUGAUGAUUCGACGGCAUAUCGCUCAAAAGAUGAAGUCAGUUACUGGGAUAAACUUGACCAUCCUAUUGCUAGAUUAAGGUUUGUGUCUUUUGUGUCUUACGCAUAAGUAAUAACUAAGGCCAGUUCCCUUCUACCUGUAAGUCGGGAUAAAGUUUCAGUUUGAAUCUUUACAAUCUGACACUUGGAAGAUUUAAAAUAUGCACAUCAAAGUUACAAAGUAUUCAACUGUUCAAUCACUCAUUUGUGUUUUCCAUACAACCACAAUAGAAAUGCAAUUUGGUUAAUGCAGCUGAUUCAAAAAAGGCUGUCCUUUGCAAACCGUAAACUCUAAACCUUAAACCUUAAACCUUAAAUUUUAAGUGUGCAAAGCAUAAUGGGAGCAUCAUUUAAUCAGUUUAGAAAUCAUAUAUGUGGCCCAUUUCUUAGAGACAUGGUAAAUACAGCCAUUUUCGUCCAAGCACAAACCGCAAACAUUUUCGCGCGUUUGCUUACGUUUGAAACGGGGCGUUUACCGUUGGAAACUGAAAUGUUUCACCGCUCAUGUGACGUGUCACAUUGAAAAGCCUUAAGCUAUUUUUGGCGCAACUAUCAUGUUUUGAUGUGCCUCCGUGCACGUUUCAAUAUUUCCAAGCCCAUGAUAAUACGUUUUAGUCACAAAAAGUAUGAAUAUAAACAAGUUUGGUCGCUCUUACAAUAUCGUGAGCUUGGAAAUACUGAAAAGUACACGAAAGCACAUCAAAACAUGAAAAAUAACUGAAUUACGCUUUUCACAAUAACACGUCACAUGAGCGGUGAAACAUGUCCGUUUCCAACGGUAAACGCCAUGUUUCAAACGUAAACAAACGCGCGAAAAUGUUUGCGGUUUGUGCUUGGACGAAAAUUGCUGUAUCUCCUUACGAGAACAAUUCAUUCACAUUUAGCUGCAAAAUUCAACUACUAAGCUUCAAACUUGUGCUCCCAUUAAGUUUGCGCGCUUAGAGUUUAAGAUUUAGAGUUUAAAGUUUGCAAAGGACAACCUUUUUUGAAUUGGCUGUAUACGGAUAAAGUUUCGAAGAACAAUUAGUUUUCUAAAAUUUUCCACUUGCAUUCAGAUUAUCUAAAUGUAUCAUUCUUCAUUAUGCUUCACCCAUGGAACAAAUUAUGCACGUAUUAAGAAAUUAGUCAAACACAUGGAUGUAAAGUAUAAAAGAUUGAACAGUUGGUUACAUUUGAUAUGCAUAUUUUAAAUUUUCUAAUCUGAACUACAACUUACUAAAAUUUUUAUAAUGACUUUGCCUUUUAAAUCAUUCAGACGUUACAUGGUCUCGAAAGAAUGGUGGGACGAUGAGCAGGAGGAAAAAUGGAAGCGAGAUGCCCGCCUGCAGGUUAUGCAGGCCUUUGGGCGGGCUGAGAAAGCCGUCAAACCGCCGAUGAAAGAUCUGUUUACGGACGUUUACGACGAAAUGCCACGACACUUAGCCGAACAAUACGAAGAAUGUUCUGCGCAUGUUAGCAAAUAUCCAAACGAAUAUCCAAUUGAUAAUUACGCUAGCAAUGAAUGAAAAUAAUGUAUGAUAUUUAAUAAAGAAUAUAAUAUUUGGC